UACGAACUUUCCCUCGUCAUCGUCAUAGCUUUAUUUCUUUACCACCACUUGCAAUUGCAAGCGUCUAGAUCCUGUUCCACCGCAGCUGUUUUUCUUUUCGACUAAAACACCCACGCUCUUUUCAACCUACAGUCCUUUCGUCGUUUCCCUCUAAAGAUUCUCAAACCUUGAGAAUCUAUUCGCAUAGACCAAGAACAAGCAUUUUACUUCAUUGCUAUCUAGUCUACUCCCACUUUCAACAUGACUCGUCGGGCUCCUCGUAUCCACCGUCUCCCACAGCGCCUUGACUACAACCUGAUUCCUGCGCCUCUGGAUCUAUCUCUUCCGCUGGCUACGGAAAAGUCUUCUUUGCCAGCCAUUAUCAUUACCCCAUCAUCUCCAGCAGCCGACGCACCCGAGUACUACAUAGCGUUCUUAAAACCGCCUCCUAAGCCUACGUUUCGUGAACGCAUAUCCGAGUAUUCCCCUUUCCAGCCACAUUUACCCCUGAAGGCCCGGAGCGCUAUCAUCGUCUCCCUCAUUCUCUUCAUUCUGGUCUGCCACCUUCUGGUGCACCUUGCUGUCCGCCGCCCACACUUCGAUUUCAUCGCAUCCUCUGAUAAUAUCUCGUCACUCAAAGCGAAUUAUCAUCAGGCCCAAAAUUCGUUCUUGGACUCAUUUGCUUUAUAUCUCAAAAUUUUCUGGAGUGGACCAGUGGCUGGAGAUGCGCGAAAUUUCAUAAUCGAAGAUUUUUCACAGCCAGCCUAUCGGUAAAUGUGGCAGGUUCGCCCAUUUUUCAGUAUAUAAACUUGAUACAAAGUCUGUGCAAUCUUUCCAUGCAUUCACUGACAGUCAUAUAUCAAAGUCAUCUUUGACCGAACUGACUUGUUUACAGUCUCAUUACAUUCCUUUCGUUUAUAUUUAUCUGGCUGUGGAAGUCGAAAUGUUUAGCUAAAGUUCUCCCGUGUAUCGUGAUAACUGCACAGGAAACUCUUUGUUUUGUAUUUAGUACCUGAACCAUUCUACACAGCGACGUCAGGUCUGUGAUAUCCUGAUUAUACGCUCUCUAGGUUCGAUACCUGUCCAGUUGGAUCCCAUGUAUCGGCAACCAAUACACUACCUUCAAACAAUUUAUCGACACUUCGAUACUCUUCGCGGUUUCUCGCAGUGCAUCUCCUUCAAGUUGAGGCCCUUCAUGG